AUGGAUAGCUUAUCUAGAGGGAAACAAAUUUUCAAUUUAUCGCUUAAAAACAACUUAUCUGAUUCUAAAGAAUGUGCACAAUUAAAAAAUGAUGUGGCAGAACCUGAAAUGGACCAGAAUUGUCUGCUUGAAUUAUUUCCUGAGGUAUUAAAUUCUGCAGUGCAAGAACACAACAAUGAGCCUUCAAGAAUAAUUCAGAAUCUUUAUGCAGACAUGGUGGCACCAACAACACCAACAAGAAUCUUUCUAGGAUCUCCAGAUGAUCUUUUGGAAGUGAUAAUAGAUACUGGUACACAUAGAGACUAUGAUUAUGGUGUAGAUGAUAAUGAAGAAUUUCAAAAUUCUAAUGCUGACGAUGUUAAUGAAGAUCCGGAUUAUGAACCUGACAAAGACGAAACCACGACAGAUGGGCGAUUAGAUGACAGAAUAAAACAACCUAGUACCAAAAAACACAAACCGAACCUUGAGAGCGACCAUGCAAUAAGAGAACCCUGUAAAAAUUGCAAAAGAAAUUGUUUAGAUAAAAUUGAUGAAAAACGUAGGAAAGAAAUUUGGGAAGCAUAUUGGAAACUUAAUUACAAUGGGAGAAGACAGUAUUUGUUCAAUAAUGUACAUAGAAACGAGAAGCGUCGACAGACGACUCAAGCUCCAAGUAGAAGAAAACUCAGCUAUGAAUAUUUUCUAAAGGAUGAACAUGGUACAGCUCAAGUUGUUUGCAAGGUUUUCUUCCUUUGUACAUUAGGUUAUCAUCCAAAAAAUGAUAAAAUGAUUAACACAGUCAUGAAGCUCACCAGGCCUUCAGAUAUUUCACCCCCACCAGACAAACGUGGGAUGCAAGAGCCACCCAAUAAGAUUAACAGAGAACCAAUAAAGGCCCAUAUUGAGUCGUUCAAUCCCUGUAUCAGUCAUUAUAGGAGGGCUCACGCCCCAAACAGAAGAUAUCUACCGAGUGAUGUUUCAAUUCGUAUGAUGUAUGAUGAUUUUAAAUCAACUGCUGUUCAAAAAUGCAGCUAUGAUACAUAUAGACAGCUUAUCCAAGAUAUGAAGAUCAGUUUCACUAAAUUGGGUGAAGAAGAAUGUGAGGUAUGUCUCCAACAUGAGCUACAUGUCAAAUCAGACCACGCUGAUCUUACUGAUGGCGUUACCUGUGACAGAUGCAGUACCUGGAAGAGACAUAACGAGGCAGCUGCAUCAGCUAGAGUACACUAUCAAACUGAUGCAUCUAAUGCAGAUGCAAACAUAUUGAUAAGAAGUGUUGAUCUUCAAAAGGUUAUUAUGCUACCUCUUAUGCCAGGUAACAAAACCGCAAUUUUUACGAAACGCAUCAUUGCUUUUAAUGAAACGUUCGCUGCAGUUGGUAAGCAAUCAAAGAAACCAUCACACAUUAGAGAGAGAUCUUUGGCUGUUUUAUGGCACGAGGGAAUAGGUGGUAGGCAGGGCAAAUAA